CUCGAGAUUCGGAAGACAGGAGUUGUCAGUAUUUCCCCGCUCGAAUCAGGUGACACAUUUCUUGCUUGACAUGGCGGUCUCUUCGGUAUACAAUGGGCCCAGUCUCCUCUCCGAAACGUUGUCCGAGCACAGAAGGACCACUGGUCUCCGACCCGAGGUCGUCACGCAUAUCUGCGGGAGGGCGAGGGCCCCAUGGGACGUUACUCGAAAUCGCGGAGUCUGCAACUGCAUAUAACCGAGCAUCGGUGUCGCAGUGAUCGUUUCUCGAUCUAGCUCAGCCCUUCAUCCCAACCAAGUCUUACUACGGCACACCGGGCCUACACCCACCAUCAUGGCAUCUCAAUACACUGUCAACAAUCACCACGCAAUGAGCGUCGACGACGAACCAGCUGACAAGGAAAAGAUCGUGCAGCUCGAGCACCAUGAGGAGGUUCCGAAUGAUCAGGAGGUGCUCGAAACGAAAUAUGCAGCGAUGGGCCGAUGGACUGCCGCAAGGACUUUCUGGAAAGCCAUGGUCUUCUGCGCGAUCUUGAACCUCGCUGCCUUUAACGAUGGUUUCCAGCAGCAAGUGCCUGGGAACAUCAUCCCGAUGCCCGCUUUCGUCGCAACGAUGGCGAACACCGUCAUCGACGGAAAGCCGGCUAUCAGCGCCCAGGUCAUCUCCUUCUGGCAGGGCUUUGCGGAAGUUGCGAAGACGGUCGGCAUGUUCACCGGAGGCACUUUCGCUGAUCGUCUCGGAAGGAAAUAUGCUCUUGUCGGCGCCGUUGUCGUUCUCCUGGCUGGAUCAGUUGCCGAGAUUUUGGCAAGGAACUGGCGUGUCUGGCUUGGCGCAGCAAUCAUCAUCCGCCUCGGUGUCGGACUCGCUCAAUCCAUCCUCAUCACAUACCUUUCGGAAAUCGCCCCGUUUCAAAUCCGUGGUUUCAUGAUCGGUGCAUAUCAACUCAAUCUGGCUUUCGGGCAGUUGAUCGUCGCCGUCGCUUCUCAGCUAUUGAUCAUCCACCAGCCGACCAAAUGGAUCCCGCUCGUCGCUUUGGAAUUCGUCUUCUCGGGACUGCUCAUGAUCCUCAUUUGGUUCGUGCCGGAGAGUCACCUCUACCAUGCUAGGAAAGGCAAUCACGACAAGGCGAAAGACUCUAUGCUCAAGCUUUACGGCACUGCCCCUGACUAUGACGUGGAAUACGAAUACCGAGUCGUCCAGAACGGUAUCCAGGCGGAAAUCGAGUUCAACCGCAGUUUGGGCGGCGCGUCUUUCUUGGAAAUCUUCAACAAGCGCAACUGGCGUCGAACCUUGGCCGGAUGUGUCGGUAUUUGUAGUCAGUGGGCUGCUGGCGCUCCGAUCGUAUUCGGAUACUCGACGUACUUUUUCCAAGUCGCCAAUCUCGGCACGGAUCCCUUCAUCAUCUCUAUUCUCACCUUUGUGCUCUUGAUGGUUGCAAUCUUCGUCUCCUUGAUUAGCUGUGAAUACAUCGGUCGUCGCCCUCUUCUUGUCGGUGGAUGCUUUGCCAUGCUUUGCUUCAACGUCGGUCUCGCCACCACCGGGUUCUUCAGCAGUGCGGCAUCCGGCAAGGCCGCAGUCGGUAUGCUUUUACUCUGGGUCAUCUGCUACGGACUCUCUGCCGGUCCUAUCGGUUUCGUCGCUGCCGGAGAGACCUCGACUCCGAGGUUGAGGGCGCAGACGACAUCGUUCAAUCUCGGUUGUUACGGUCUCGGCUUCGUUGUUUUCCAGUGGAGCGUCUCCUACAUGAUCAGCCCCGACGCCGGUAACAUGGGAGUCAAGGCCAUCUACGUCUGGUGCGGGAUGUUGGCUCCCACCGUUGCCAUCCUCUACUUCUUCUACCCAGAGACUGCCGGUCGAACUUACUGGGAGCUUGACGAGCUCUACGAGCGAGGCGUUCCCGCUCGCCACUUCAAGAAGACCCCGACGAUGGCUGAACAAGCUGGAAGGAAGGGCAACAUCGCUCGUGUCGCUGCUUAAGCGCAGUCCAUAGCAUUAUCAGCGAAUAAUCGGCCGACUUGGCUUGAAGGGUUGGAUUGGAAGACCGAGGUUUGAGCGCCUGGAAACAAUGGGAAUUGCAAGGGGCGAACUUGAUGGGUUUCUUGUUGUACUGUACAUGUCAAAGCGGUGGAGCCGAGAGAUAUGGUAUG